CGGUUCGGAGGCGCAGUGUCUGACAUCCCGGUGCCGGGCGCGCAGGACUCACCAACAUAAUAUAAAGGAGCCACCAUCAGUCUCAAGUGAGAAUAUCCCGAGUUUCAGAGCUUAUUCACUUGAGGAACUUCUUCACUCCAGAGUGAAAUUGUCAUAGGACAGUUGUUGAUUUGACUCUAUAAACGUUCAACGAUCUUACAGAAUGAGACUGUCAGCGCGGAGAUGGAGAGUGGAGGACCCGCAAGAGCGCGUGAUGAGCGGGUCAUUGGCGGUCUGAAGAAGUCACAACAACAGAAGUGCCACACUGACCAUCACUUCAAGCCAUGGGGAUACGACAUCUCCUGCUGCUCUUGGUCUAUCUGGACCCGCUUUGCGUCCUGGGGGCAUCAACGGCUAAGAGGAGCAAACCAACUCCAAAGAGACCCCCGAAAAUCAAGGAGGUCAACAGCACCGCGGCUCCGACCGUAGCGCCACGGCGGAUCACGCAAGUCCAAUCGCCCAUCGUCGGCGAUCACGACACCUGUCUCGGCUACUACGACGUGAGCGGCCAGUUCGACAAAGAGUUCGCCUGCAACAACACCGACCACCGGUACUGCUGCGGGAGCUGCUUCCUCCGCUUCUGCUGUCCCGUGAAAGCCAAGAGAGUGGACCAGAGAGUUUGUACCAACUACAACACGCCCGACUGGAUCAAAACUCCACCGCCAUCACCGGCGCCGACAGGGGACACGUACGACCCCGCGCUGGACCAGACCAACACCACCGUCUACAUCACCUGCGGGGUCAUCGCCUUCAUCAUCAUACUGGGGAUUUCGGUCAAGGUGGCCUAUGAUAAAGCCACCAGACCGCCUCAAGAGAUGAAUGUCCAUAGAGCACUGACGGACAUUUUGAGACAGCAGGGGCCCGUUCCGAUAUCGCAGUUUGAGCAUGAAAAUAUUGCAGCCAUAGACACCUCGCCCAAAGAGAACACGCCCAUACGGACGUCCAAGAACCACUACACACCAGUCCACAACAAGAGCAACCAUGGGCAUUACGGGAAAGAAAACUUCCGAAGCGGUCAAGACAUGCACAACUACAUCUCCUCUGGCUUUGUGACGCUCGGCAGGGGACACCUGAAAGCGCAGCACUCUGUAGAUGAUCUCGGGCAGCAGCAGUGGCAGGGUGAACUGAACAUGCCGUUAUCUUACAAUAAUCAUCAACACGAAUACACCAGCCAUGUGGAUCUCACCGGGUCAUACACACCCAAAAUCGGACACAGAAUAGAGUACUAUGAAAAGCCGAGAACGAACAACAUCCUGACGUCACAGACCGAGCCGUAUGAUCUGUCUUUCUCCCGCUCUUUCCAGAAUCUCACUCAUCUCCCUCCGUCAUACGAGAUGGCCAUGAAAUCAGACCUGAGUGACAAGGAUGAGGAGUACUACAUCCGAAAGCACCACUUGCCUGACCUGGCCCCUCGCGGCGGUAACCUGCAGUCGCACAUGAUUAAGCUGAACGUUGAACCCCCAUCACAGCGGCAGAAGCCAAAACGUGUCCAGCGGGCCAUGUCCCAAGACCACGUGCUCUCACCAGCUCGCUCCAAACCCCACCGCGACUACGGCAUAUCCUCGUACAGUGGUGGCGCUGGAGGACUCUCACCGUACCACGGACGCAUUCUAUCACAAGAGCAGCUGUUGUCGACCGAUCGACUGCAGUCGCGGGAUCCUUUGCUCUCUCCGGAUAAGAUGCUGUCCUUGCGCCGCUCAGAUUUCAGGGAGAAGGCCAUGUCGCGGGCACUUUCGCACACGGACAUGUUCAUGCCGACUACGCCAGUCAUGGACCGACACUACAAAAUGUUAAAGAUGCAUUCGCACCCCAGCACCACAAACGAAUCGUACAACACACUGACUGUAAAUAGCGCACAAGUGGGCAAUAAGAGGCAGGCGUUCGCCAACCGACGCAUGCAUACGGUUGAUCACUUGCAGUAUAUACCUGGACAUCAACAUCAUCAGUACAGGACGGCGAGCAAGACUGAAGUAACUGUCUAACCACUUGAGAGAAUAAAAGAUAGAUAGAUAAAAGUGGAUUGGAAGAUGAGACUGAGAUUUACAGGGAUAGAAAAUAUGACUAUGAUGUCAACAAACAAUUGCAAAAGUGCUCUGUGGGUGAGCCGAGAUCUGGCUCAAGAAACUCUGCAGUUGAGGCGGUGUCCCACUUUGACGGUUUCUUUUUUAAGUAUACAACCUUGGCCCGUUCCUGCUUCCAGCGCAAGCUUUCCAGCUCCAUCAGUUCUGGGUCAGUUGAAGAAGGAUCCGCACUUUCCGAAGCGACCCGGAUCUCCUCACACAUAGAGCAAAACACAAGGGCUUUGCAGACGGAUGCCGGACCCCAACCGCACAGCAGCAAGCCGAAAGCCAAACAAAGAGCUGAGACUAUUUUUCCAGAAUCAGAACUGCUACGAAUCUGAACUGACUUUAUACACACAGUAAAUCUAAACAUAUGUAGAGUUAGGAUUUGUAACUUGAGUCCUAAACAUAGCUAUAACGAUUCUUCUUCGAUAAUAAACUGGCGUUAGCAUUUUAGCGAGUGCCUCUUCAAAAACAAGUCCCAUUUCAAUUGUGAACUUGGGAAAGGGUUUAAAAGCACAAUUUUACUGAAUUGGUUUUUUUCCUUUGUUGCAUAUCUCUGUUAUUUAGUUUCUUCUGUGAUAUCAUCAAGUUUUCAGUAGAUAUGUAAUGUUCCCUUUUGUGUAGGUGAUUGUAAAUAACGCUCAGUUAGCUGCAGUUUAACAGUGAGUUAGCUUUGUGGGUUUUGGGUUGCUUUAGGUUUUUUAUUUUUAUUUUUGCAUUGUUCCAGUCGAACAUUUUAUAGCAUAAUCAACCCACCCAAAGUAUAUUUGAUGACACAAAUAUGUACAGUAAUGUGUGUGUGUGUUUUUUAAUCUGUGCUUGUAGACUAAUGGUGAAUAAAUUUGGUUG